UGCGCGGCCCCCGUGGGGUACGUGCCCAUCGGGCGCCCCAUCGACCUGUACCUGGGGCAACCGGGCUGCCAGCGGCGCGGCACCGUGCAGCACGAGUUCCUGCACACGCUGGGCUUCUGGCACGAGCACACGCGCCCCGACCGCGACCAGCACGUCACCGUCCACUGGGCCAACAUCAAACCAGGUCUGGAAUUCAACUUCUUCGUUCGUCCCGCCAAGGACGUGCAGUAUCUGAGGAUGCCCUAUGAUUACGGCAGCGUCAUGCACUACCGGUCGGUGGCCUUCUCCAAGGACGGCCGCAGCCACACGCUGGAGCCCAAGGAGCCCCGGGCGGUGCGCCUCAUGGGGCAGCGCAUGCGCUUCAGCAAGAUCGACCUGGCCAAGCUGAACCGCCUCUACAACUGCCCUCCCCACUACUACCGAGGAAACGACGUGCAGAUCAAGAGGAAGAAAUCGUCUCUGUAUGGUACGUCUGUAGUAGAAAGGAUAUCCUCCAAAGAAGAGGAAGAAACCAAUGAGGAAUGGGAGGGGCCGUAUCCCCUAAACACUACUUUGGAACUGCCGGGGGUGUUCACUCUUGUCCCGCCCCCACUGCCUGAGAUUUCCACAGCCCCACCGUCAACUGAAGUUCCAAAGCCUCCGAAACUGCCGACGCCAUCGCCACUGCCGGCACCCCCAGCAACCGCGACCCAACCACCAGUAUCGCCUCAGCCAACCAUAGUAAUAAUCCCACCUACUCAACCUGCUCUCCCGGAACCGACGGAGCCACCUGCCCCGAUUCCACCCCCUCCUGAGCCACCGAAGUUGGUACCAAUAGUAACAGUUCAACCGGCUCCGUCUUCCGUUCCUGAACCACCCAGCCCGCCCGACACAUUAAAGCUGCCAGGAGCCCUAGAGCCUUCGCCGUUGCCGACACCGGAGAUGAUUAUCUUUCCUCCCUCACCUGUGACCGAAGCCCCUUUCCCACCCUUACCCAGUAUUCCUCCUCCACCGCCCCUCCUCCCGUUACCCACCCUCCCUCCGCACACGGCUCCUGCCUCUCCCAUUCCGCCGCUUUCCGCCGCCGCCUCGCCCGGCCCCGAGGGCCCCGUGUACAUCGUCGAAGAGAAGACGGGCGAAUGCGCGCGCGCGCUGCAGGGGGCCAGCGAGAACGCCCUGGGCGCCGCCGGCGCCAACGCCAACGCCACCGCCACCGCGCUCGGGCAACUCUUCCUGCAUCUCGCCGGACUCUCCCCUUGGAAGCUCUCCGGUGCCAAC